UGAGCGUUUCCUCAAGAAAGAAAUGUGUGGUCCAAACUCCAAAAUCCCCCACGUGGCCUCACAAUCUUUUGUUAUCUUCUUCUUCUUCCUCCUCCUCCUCCUCCUCUUGUCGGUCCCAGUUUUUCUCCUUCUCUCCAAUCCCAGAGGAGAUACCUUCGAAUCUUCCUCAACCUACACACUUCAUAUCUCCCUAUUCUUCUCUGCUCCAUACUUUUCUUUCCAUCCACCACAACUCAAAAUCAAAACGACCCAGUUACUUUUCGGUUCUGGGUUUCUUCCAAAACCAGCUUAUUAACCAUGAGAGCUUUGAGUUCACGGUUCCUACUGAUCGAUAUCAACACCUCAUGGCACGCAGCCAAUCGCAUCCCCCAUCAACUCAUUUCUUCCUCCCCCUUGUCAGUUCGUAGAACACGUCGCUCGCGUCCCAGGAUCGCCUCCGCAAAGACUUCAACUGGGGCUCCCGGAGUACGUCGGCCAUCUGAUCGGUACCAGCUGGGAAAUGGGUCGGCGUCGGAUUCUGCGAACUCGGUUUCAACCUCGCAGUCUCAGGCUUGUACGGAGCUGGAGGCGUUUCUUGAGAUUUUACCUGUGAGGAUGAGGAGGGAGCUUGUUCGGCAUGAGGAGAUUGGGGAGUUGAUUGAGGUGGUGAUAGAUUUGGGGAGGAAGCCUCUCGCCAGGUUUCCUUCCGGGGAUUGGAUGAUCUCGGAUCAACCCGUGAGGCACGAGGAUUUAACGCAUGCCAUAUCUAAGGUCGGUGAUUUUUCGGAUGAUAACCGCUCGGGUAUUAAUAGAUCAUUACAUCGUAUAAGUGCCAUCCGAAACCGUAAACUGCAAAUCAUUGGCCUUACUUGUCGGGUGGGUCGAGCUGUAUCUGGAAGUGCUGAUAUUAUACGUGAUUUAAUUGGGGGAGGAGGCUCCAUCUUGGUCAUAGGUCCUCCUGGAGUCGGCAAAACAACCUUAAUCAGAGAAAUAGCUAGGAUGUUGGCAGAAGAGCACAUGAAACGUGUUGUUAUUGUUGACACAUCGAAUGAGAUUGGAGGUGAUGGAGAUGUCCCUCAUGCAGGUAUUGGUCGUGCAAGGAGAAUGCAAGUUCCUAAUGUGAAUAUGCAGCAUAAUGUUAUGAUUGAGGCAGUUGAAAAUCAUAUGCCUGAAGCCAUAGUAAUUGAUGAAAUUGGUACAGAGCUUGAAGCAUUAGCUGCCAGCACGAUUGCUCAACGAGGAGUCCAGUUAGUUGGAACUGCUCAUGGAAUGACUAUAGACAAUAUAAUGAAGAAUCCUUCACUACAGAUUCUUGUUGGUGGCAUUGAGAGUGUAACUCUUGGAGAUGAGGAAGCCAGGAAAAGGAAAGUGCAAAAGACAAUUCUUGAAAGGAAGGGGCCUCCAACAUUUACCUGUGCUGUUGAGAUGAUAUCUAGAACUGAAUGCCGAGUGCAUCACAGACUCGAUGCAACAGUUGAUGCUAUACUGGCUGGGAAAUCUCCUUUGUUUGAGGUACGACAAAUGCAUGCUGAAGAUGGUAAUUCACUUAGGUCAUCAGUUCCUUCAAAGAGCCAUCUAGAAGAGCCUGAGUUAUCUGUUCAGAAAAUUAGUAAUGCUGAACUAGAGUCUGACAAGGAGGAUGAAGAUUAUGCAGCUGCCCUUCCAUUUAAAAAACAGAACACUGGCAGACCUGUAAACAAGAGGAGCUCACCCAUUUGUGUAUAUACUUACAAGAUUCUUGAAGCUGAUCUCUUACAAGUAGCAGAUGUAAUGGGGCUCGAAAAUGAAAUAGACGUAACUGAUGAUAUUGGAAUGGCUGAUGCAAUUCUAGCUUCAAGUUCUGAAUUGGAGCAGAACCCAUGGAUUCAGGGUGUAGCUAAAUUCUACAAGUUACCCAUAUUUGUUAUUAAGUGGAAUACCAUGGCUCAAAUGGUGAAGGCAGUUCGUAUGAUUCUUGGAAUGGAAUCAUUUGGCUCGUUGCCUAGACGGUCACACAAAAUCUCCUUCGAUAUUGAAAUUGAAGAUGAUGCACCAAAAAGAAAACCAACCCUUGAAGAAAUUGAUGCCUUGGAGGAAGUUCGACUUGCAAUUGAAUAUAUUGUUAUUCCUGGUGGCGAACCAGUUGAGCUUCUUCCUAGAUGUUCUGAAAUAAUUGCGCGUCAGCUUGAACUCGUUGAAAGCUACCAAUUGUCUGCAGAAAAUUCGGGUACUGAACUUAACCCAAGGCUGCAGAUUCUCCCCCAGAAAUUAAACAAGAAAUCAUCCUCCAAAUCCUCCAAAUCUAAUCCAACUUCGGAAAAAGCAACCAGCUUAAACUCGCUAACUGGUGGUGACGGAGGAACUAGUGUUAGCCGACUGCCUCUCCUACCGGAAUAAUUGACUAUGUAACCAACUGUAUACAUGCUUCAAUCUUCUAUUGAUACAAUAACAAUAAAGAGUCAUGUAAAUUUUGUAUAUCAUUUUUUUUUUUUGAAAGAGUAAAUUAUGUAUAUCAUGUGAUGUAAUUAUUUGAUGUUGUCAAAUAUAUAGUGCAAUUCAUUGUAUUGCUCCAUCAAUGGGUUAGUGAAUAAUUCAAAACUACAAGCUAAGUAUCUCCUUGUGUAAA